AUGUUCCCCGACGAGCUGAAGGGGCUGACGCCGGUCGAAGAGAAGCUCAUCUCGUUGAACUCGUGUUACGGCUUUGUGACGAGGUAUAACAUUCCGGGCGGGCAGACGCAGGCAGUGAGGUAUCCGAGACAUGUCAAGGGCCACAUCACGGUGUUUCCAAACAACGUGCAGGAGCUGGCGAGAAGGGUGCUCCCGCACCCGCUCUGGCAAACAAUGGACGAGAUCCACGUCUCGUGGCAGGGCGCGGAGAAGCCAGCACCGUGCGACUUAUCGGGUCUCUUGUCGGUGAGGCGUCAAGUCGUCGAGAGAGCGCUUAUCUGGUUGAAGAAGAAUAACCCCCAUUACGCCGAUAUUGAGAUUGAUAGGGCGGAAAUGGAUAGCUGGGGAACACCAUCACACGGUGUGCCGCGGGUGGUCUACGACCGCAUGGAGCGGAACGAGCCGUCUGCGUGGGAGAAGACGCGAACGGCGCAGGUCGUGCCGCCCGCAGAGCGGGCCAUGGACGACGAUAGUCCGGCGGAGAUCGAAGGAGUCCUCGCCCAGCUCCUCCAAGGACAAGACGUAUUGGACAGGGGAGUCGAGAAUCCGAGGAGUGGAGCGGACGGGACUGACGAUGCUGAGCCCGAUGACAGAGCCAAAACGAUCAACGAGAUCACCUCUUCCGGCAUGUUUGCAUUGGACGGACCGCCGGAAGUGUCGGACGCAGAGAAGCUCCGCUUUGCGUGCAAUGCCGUGGGUGGCGAUGGGGCCGAGAACGACCGCAAGGGGCCGAGGGCAUGGAUAAGGUCGGCGGAGGCGGGUCAAGAAGGCACGGAUGUCCGCGAGCCAUACAUCCACGUUUGUCGCGGAGACGAAUUCGCCGACUCGCUCGACGCCUCGUUCUUCGCCAAGACCUUUCCCACCCUACUGCCGUUCGGAUUUGGAGGACCACGGCUCGCGGAGGAAGUCAUCUUAGGACCCGAGGGCCGGUCAAUUGGCGGCCUUCGGACCUGGGCCGGCAUUGUGCUGCGGCGCCAUGGUGGCCGAUUCGCGACGCAUACCAUCUUCUCGUUUCUCGUUUUCAAUAUGGAUGUGCGGUCGAAGAAUCGUCGGGUCAGCAUGCUCAGCGCGACGCGGAAGAACUUCGCCGAGGUGGAGCGCAUCGUACGGUCGCUGACAGCGGAUAGGUUAGCGGCCGCCAGGGCGGAGCUGGAGACGUCGGGCAAGACUACCGACGAUGGCGUCAAGGAGCUUCUAAGAUGCCUUUCGCUGUACGGCUAUCGGCAGCCCAUGUCGAGGGAGCUCCGUCUGAGCAUGCGGCGCAAGAUCCAGUCACUCAUCUUAUGUCGUGGCGUGCCUGCAAUCUGGUUCACGCUCAACCCGAACGACAUCACGAACCCGGCAUUCCUGCAAGGCCUCGACAAGGCGUUCAAACGUGCGCGGCUGGCCAUCUCGGACCCGUUAAGCUCGGCCGAAUUCUUCCACCGAGAAAUGACGUUGUUCUUCGAACAUUACGUGAGAGUGGGCGAGGAGUCGGUGUUCGGGCGCAUCAGCCACUAUUACGGUGCCGUCGAGACCAACGAGCGUGGAGCGCUCCAUGUUCACGGACUGCUCUGGCUGCAGGGCAACGUGCAUCUAAGCUCGAUGCUUGCCGAUAUCGACGGCGAGGAUCAAGCGGCAUACCGAGAACGCAUCGUCAGAUACGUCGACAGUGUCUUUUCCGAGGAUCUGGACCAGGAAGGCUUCUGCGCAAUGCAGGCCGAGCGAUCGGUGACGUCAGAUAUAUCGCAAUUUCUGGGCGACGAACGGCAAUUUUCAGCCUCUACUCGCUGGGCAAAGGGGCGCAAGGGCGAUUUAUGUCGUUUCAAGGCGCCGUGGGGACUGGUCGACGAGACGGCCUUCACGGGAGACGGCGUGCUGCGGAUUCGGAGGUCGCACAGCAUGGUGAAUCGGUGGAACAAGGCCAUUGCCGUGGGGCUUCGCCACAACCAUGACAUAUCUUUCAUCGUCACACAGCGUAAGACGAUGGCCCUCAUCUUUUACGUCACAAACUAUGCGACCAAGGUGGAGGACCCUGUAUGGAAGCGCGUCGCCGCCGCCGCGGAUCUCUUGCCUCCCAGGGCAGGUGACGGAAUGGCCGACGGCGCGGAGGUUCGUGGAGACAGUGGUGCCGGUGACGAUGGCAGGCAGAAUAAGACACGGCAGUUCCUGAUGAAGGUGGCGAAUCGCGUGUUUACGGAGAGGCCGUUAUCUGCUUGGGCGUUCCUGAACGUAUCGUUGCUCUACUGGCAAGUCUUCCGACAAUGGCCGCACCUUCGACGAGAAAGCGGCGCAGCCGUUGCAGAUGGCUCUGUGGACGAGUCAAUACUCGUCGAAGAAGCAGGCCAGAGGAUUUGCCGUGUCGAGGCAUACCGUCAUCGGGGAGACGUCCUUCGAGGGCUGUGUCUCUACGACUACGUUUCGCUGGUGCUCAGGCGACCGGGCAAGCAGGCCACGGUCUGCCUCGACGGGUAUUUGAGCAAGGAUUUCGACGAAGACGACGAAGGGUCGUGCUACCGAAGAGCGGCUGUGCAGCAUCUUGCGCUGUUCGUGCCGUGGGAGUCUUUCUUAGACGAAGAAAGGGGCGACAUCAACUGCAUAUGGGGGCGGCAACGAGCAGCCCUGGCCCCGAGGAUAUCAUGUUUCGUCGAUAACGUGCAGUUGCUGCGACGGUCGGCCGAAGAUGCAAAGCGGGACGCACGGCAGUGGGCGGCCUCGUCCGGUGACGGCGACCCCACGGCAGUACGUCCGGACGAGGACGGCACCGGGGAGGUGGGUGUCGAGCCCGGAUCGGGAUACCAGGCCGACAGUGCGGGAAGCACGAAUCGCCUAAUCGACGUUGUCAGAAGCUCGAUCGGGCCGAACCAAAUCACGGCCGGCUCGCCGGAGCUCACGGCGAUGAUGCAGGAGCUCAGCCGAUUUCAGCAAUCGGCGCUGUCCUCUUCUUCCGAGGUCCAGGCCACAAUACUACCCGAACGGGGCCCAAGACGAAUCAACAUCCCGGGGCGGGCAUUCUCCGGAGCCACCAUACCGCCGCAAAGUGAGGUUAGGGCCAUAAAGUCGCAGCAAAUCCGCGCAUCCAGGGAGAGGGAGAAGAUGAUACGGGGCAUACAAAGCCUGUCCACGGCACCGGUGACUGGUCGCCGCGCGGCGGUGCGGGGCGUGCUCACGGGUUUCGGGGAUGACGACGUCCAGAUGACGGCAGCGGAGCUCGAGGAAGGAGUAGCGGGGGCCAGCGCGGGAAUGGAGAUCCGCAACGUACGCCAGCUGUGCCAGUUCGUCGGUGGAGAGGGCGGAACGGGCAAGUCACGAGUCAUCGAGGCGCUCGUCGAGCUCUUCGCGUCCAAGGAUCAAUCGAAUCGUCUGAUGAUAACGGCGACGUCGGGGACGGCAGCAGCGCGGAUCAACGGCAUUACGAUCCACUCCGCCUGCGGGUUCUCGAAAGAUCUCGCGGCAGCCGCAAACGCGGCCAAGGAUCUCGACGGGGUGCGACUGCCGAAACAGGCGGAGCGGUUCGUCGACGGGCAAUCCCGGAUGGACUGGCAGGAGAAGGACGUGCUCGUCAUCGACGAGGUGAGCAUGCUCGGGGCGCGGACGCUACACGCGGUGAACGAGCAGCUCUGCCGGCUGCGCGGGUCGCACCAGGAUUUUGGAGGUAUUCCGAUCGUCCUCUUCUGCGGAGACUUCCACCAAUUCCGCCCCGUCCAAGAACGCUCGAUCCUCCUCCCCAGCACCGCCGUCUCGUGGGACGUAGACAGCUCCUUCAAGGCCGAGACACGGCACCAGCACGACAAGGCGCACGCGUUGUGGAAGAGAUUCACGACCACGGUCAUGCUGGACGAGCAGGUGCGCGCCGCGGGAGAUCCGGAAUUGCAGAGGCUGCUAAGGCGGAUUCGACUGGGCGUGCAGGACCGCUCGGAUCUGGACCUCCUCAACUCAAGAUGCUACCGGGAAGGCAGGCGGAUCCCGUGGGAGACGUGCAUCACCGUGGUGACGCCGCUGAACAGGAACCGGUGGAACCUCAACAUGGAGGCCAGCUUGGCGUUCCGGGCCCAGCAGCGGUCAGUGAUGCGCAUCUUCAUCUCGGAUCAUACGUGGAAGGAGGCCCUGCCGACGGAGGAAGAGGCCAUCAUGAUGCUGAACCAGGGCGACGACAGCGCGAUCCCGGUGCCGGCCGUCUUCAUGUUCGUGCCGGGGAUGCCGGUCGUCGUGAACCAUAACACCCAUCAGGGGCUAAAGCUGGUGAACGGCGCCGGCUACACGGCGCUGGAGGUCGUCCUCGACAAGUCGUACCCGGGGCAUCGUAUCACGGCAGACACGACGGUCCAUUUCGGGCCGCCGGCGGGAUAA